AUUUCUUCUUUCUAGAAACCUCCAAAUCCACCAAUCUCCCGACUCCGUAAAAGCUCAAUCGUCGACGCCGAUUCCGUAACCCUCAGUACUCCUCCCCUUCCCGAUCUUUGAUCUCUUUUGUUUAACUUCAGGAAUUGCGCUUCGAUUUCAAAUUUCAAUGCGUUCGCUCUGAGGAGGAGAUCGGAAAAGGAAUGGCGAUCUCCGAUGCGGUUGUGGGGAAUCUGACGACGCUGUACCUCGCCGCGAUCGUCGCUAUGAAAGCGUACGCCUCCGUCACCGGCCGAAUCUACGGCGGAGCAUUUGUUUUGGCGGUUUCCACGGCCACCGUCGGUGCUCUGCUGGUCGCCAGCCUCACGUGGGACAUGUCGCGGAAGGCUUCGUACGCGCUAACGCGCCGCUGCCGUCUCGACCGCCGGCAGGGUGAUCUCGACGGGAAUGAGAUGUGUAGCGGCGGCAUCUGCUGGCACGGCGUCGCCGUCAAGUGCCCGGCGUCUCAGGUCCGUUUCCGGCUCCCGCAAACUUAGCCCCUCAACGGAUCGUAGAGAAUUUAAUGCGUUUCGGCAACUAUCACCUCAUAGUCAAUAGUCAUUAAGAUAUGGUCCCCAGUCACCGUUCUUUCUUUCUUUUGUUUUAUUCCUUCUGUGUAUGAUUAUAUGGAGUAUUUGGUACUUUCUCUUUUUUCCUUGGAAGGGAAGAAAAAGUUGCAAAGUAAUUUGAUAAUGUAGGUGGUAAAAUAAAGAAUAAAUUUAUCUCUAUAAU